UGGAUCAGUAUUCAUAUCACAGUCUUCCUUAAUUUAUCAUCCAAACUAGAAGUUGAAGUUGUCUUGAUCAUAAUUAUGGCAUAUGAUAAGCCACUAGAUAGUGAUGCCGCUGCAAAGCAGAAGGCCAUAGAUGAUUGGCUUCCAAUCACUUCUUCCAGGAAUGCCAAAUGGUGGUACUCUGCCUUCCACAAUGUAACUGCCAUGGUUGGUGCUGGUGUCCUUAGCCUUCCGUAUGCCAUGGCUUCACUCGGAUGGGGUCCUGGUGUCGUUAUACUUAUUCUGUCAUGGAUCAUUACCCUAUAUACGCUUUGGCAAAUGGUGGAAAUGCACGAAAUGGUGCCUGGUAAGCGGUUCGAUAGAUACCACGAACUGGGUCAGCAUGCAUUUGGAGAAAAGCUAGGCCUAUGGAUAGUAGUACCACAACAACUAAUUGUAGAAGUUGGUGUGAACAUUGUCUAUAUGGUUACUGGAGGAAAAUCAUUGAAGAAGUUUCAUGAUUUGGUUUGCUCUAACUGCAAAGACAUCAGGACAACUUAUUUCAUAAUGAUCUUCGCUUCUGUUCACUUUGUCCUCUCACAUCUUCCAAACUUCAACUCCAUUACUAUUGUCUCCCUGGCUGCAGCUGUUAUGUCCUUGAGUUACUCUACAAUUGCUUGGGCAGCUACGGUGCAUAAGGGGGUUAAUCCUGAUGUGGACUACAGUAACAAAGCUAGCACUUCAACGGGAAAAUUGUUUCACUUCUUGAGUGCAUUAGGUGAUGUAGCUUUUGCAUAUGCUGGUCAUAAUGUUGUUCUGGAGAUCCAAGCGACAAUUCCUUCUACUCCUGAAGUACCUUCCAAGAAACCAAUGUGGAAAGGAGUGAUCGUUGCCUACCUAAUCGUCGCCGUCUGUUACUUUCCUGUUGCUUUGAUUGGUUACUGGUAUUUCGGCAACGCUGUGGACGACAACAUUCUCAUCUCACUGGAAAAACCAGCUUGGCUUAUAGCAACUGCUAACAUAUUCGUCGUCAUUCAUGUUAUAGGAAGCUAUCAGAUAUAUGCCAUGCCAGUGUUCGACAUGAUCGAAACUGUGUUAGUGAAGAAACUGAGUUUCAAACCUUGCUUUAGGCUUCGCUUCAUCACUCGCACCUUGUAUGUUGCAUUUACAAUGUUCAUUGCUAUCUGCAUUCCUUUCUUUGGUGGCUUGCUUGGAUUUUUCGGAGGGUUUGCUUUCGCCCCAACUACAUACUAUCUUCCCUGCAUUAUUUGGCUUGUCGUUCGUAAACCCAAGAGAUUCGGCCUGUCUUGGACUAUAAACUGGAUAUGCAUUGUGCUUGGCGUUUUGUUAACAGUGCUAGCACCCAUUGGUGGCCUAAGGCAAAUCAUCAUUUCAGCCAAGAGUUAUCAAUUCUUCUCAUGAGUAUAUUGCCAAUAUAGCAAUCUCAUGCUACAUUUUCAAUCAAAUCCUUUAGAAACUGAAAUGUAGAAUGAUUUUUUGGAGAAUAGGAUGGCUUUUCAAUUUGUAGUUCAAUCUUUAAAUUAUUGCAUUUUUAUUUUAUGCAUGUUUCUUGUAUAUAAAAUAUGAUUUGUAAUAAAAGAAGAUUCAUAACUGUUCUCUUA